AGCUCUGUGCGGAGAGACGAGGCGCUGGGCGGGGAUGAAAGGUUGUAAACAUGGCGGCGGCCUUGGAGGAGGAUGAAAUCGAUAAUGAUGAUUACUAUUCUCUGUUAAACGUGCGGAGGGAGGCCACACAAGAGGAACUCAAGGCAUCAUAUCGCCGCCUUUGCAUGCUCUACCACCCUGAUAAACACAGAGAUCCCGAGCUGAAAAGACAGGCAGAGCAGCUUUUUAACUUGGUCCACCAAGCAUAUGAAGUUCUAAGUGAUCCACAGUCUAGAGCUAUCUAUGAUAUAUAUGGAAAGAGAGGGCUGGACGUAGAAGGAUGGGAGGUAGUGGAAAGGAAGAGAACGCCUGCUGAAAUCCGGGAAGAGUUUGAGCGCCUUCAAAGAGAAAGGGAGGAGAGAAGACUGCAGCAAAGGACCAACCCUAAGGGGACAAUCAGUGUGGGUGUGGAUGCCACGGACCUUUUUGAUAGCUAUGAGGAAGAUUAUGAGGAGAUCACUGGUGGCGGCCUGCCCCACAUCGAGAUUAACAGGAUGCAUAUAUCUCAGUCCAUUGAGGCACCUCUAACAACGACUGACACAGCCAUUCUUUCUGGCUCUCUGUCCACACACAAUGGCAACGGCGGUGGAAACAUUAACCUGGCUCUACGACGAGUGACCUCAGCGAAAGGCUGGGGAGAGGUUGAAUUAGGAGCUGGAGACACUCAUGGCCCUCUCUUUGGGUUGAAGAUGUUCCGCAACCUGACGGCGCGCUGCUUCAUGACUGCUCAGUGUGGGAUGCAGUUUUCAUCACGUGGUGUGCGGCCAGGUCUGACUACCAUGCUCGCUCGCCACCUAGAUAAGAAUACCAUGGGAUACCUGCAGUGGCGCUGGGGGGCUCAGUCCUCUAUGAGCACAAGCGUUGUCAGAGACACAAAGAGCAGCCACUUCACCUUUGCUGUGCAGCUGGGGAUCCCACACACUUUCAUUAUGAUGAGCUACCAGUACAAAUUCCAAAAUGAAGAUCAGACCAAGAUCAAGGGUUCUGUCAAAACAGGGUUUUUUGGAACAGUGGUGGAAUAUGGUGCAGAAACUAAGAUCAGUCGACACAGCAUUCUUGGUGCUACCGUCAGUGUUGGAGUACCACAAGGGGUCUCCCUCAAGAUCAAGUUGAACAGGGCCAGCCAGACAUACUUCUUUCCGAUACACCUGACAGACCAGCUCCUCCCCAGUGCAGUGUUUUAUGCCACUGUUGGACCUCUUGUAUUUUACUUGGCCAUUCAGAGGCUUGUUAUCAAGCCCUAUGUGCGUGCCCAGAAAGAACAAGAACUGGAGAAACAGCGGGAGAGUGCUGCGUCUGACAUUGCCAAGAAGAAGCAAGAAGCAGAGUCUGCUGUUCUGCUGAUGCAGGAGUCUGUGCGCAGAAUCAUUGAAGCUGAGGAGUCUAGAAUGGGCCUUAUUAUACUCAAUGCCUGGUAUGGGAAGUUUGUGACAGACAACAGUAGGAAGCAUGAAAGAGCAAGAGUCAUUGAUGUAACAGUACCUCUUCAGUGCCUGGUGAAGGACUCCAAACUCAUUCUCACAGAGGCCUCGAAGGCUGGCUUACCAGGCUUCUACGACCCCUGCGUGGGUGAGGAAAAGAGCCUGAAGGUGCUGUAUCAGUUCAGAGGCGUCAUGCACCAGGUUCUAUCUGGUGACACAGAAGCACUCAGGAUACCAAAACAAUCUCACAGGAUUGAUAAUGACACUUAGGAACCAUUAUCGACAGGGCUGGAAGGGACAGCUUGGACUACCAUAGAGGACAAGUGGAUGUUGUGUGAUAGUGACUUGAAUAUUCCCUGUGGCCUAAAAGUCAUUCAUAUGCAUAUAUCCUUUCUUUUUGUGCAGUUUUAAUUGUUAUGCAAAAGGGCAUAAAGGGCACACAUGAAUUUGCUUAAUAACCCCUUGGAAAUCAUGACCUGUGUCAAAAACUGAGUUUGAGAAGAUUUUGGUACCUUUCAUGUAAUUCUAGUCUUAUUCUUUUUUUUUUAAAUGAUCCCCUACUCCCUGAAAAAGUGGUCACUGUACUAGCAUAUGAAUGAACUGUAUUGGAGGAUCUCCCAGGACACAACAGUGCCUCAGUGUUUAGCCCUCGUGUGAGAGAGCUAAUUCACUUUACAGACAUCAGAGGGUGAGCAUGCUGCUGAAACAGUCCACAGAAUCACACUAAAAAAGCUCCAGCUCCAAGUAUCAAUCCUUUAUUGAUCAUAUUUCCAUUGUUCAUAUUUAAACACCAGCAUGCAUUAUAAAUGAGCACACAGGACUGGGUGGGUACUGAAUUACCCUGUACUGAGGUAAAACAUUACACCAGGCCCCUCAUUUAUAUGUGUUUGCUUGAUUCUAAUAAACAUUCACCAUUCCAUUUCAUUUGAACCCAUUCUCUAUUAACCUAUUGUUAAAAACACAUCAUUUAUUUUCACUUAUAACGCUGCCUUAGGGAACUGUUACAUUAAGAGAGCGUAGGUUUGCCGUAAUCUGUUUGUUCAAUGGUCAAACAAACUAAGUGGUGAUCUCAUUUUUAAUUGUUAAACAUUGAAGACAUUUUUGUUGUGGUUGGAGAGAAUCUGAUUUAACAUUGUUGGGAAUUUUUUAGGGGUGGGCAAUAUGGCAAAUGUAUAUCACAGUACUUUAAAACAUAUGCAUCACAAUAUUCAGUUUUCCUGAGGUUUGAUAAGGUAGAACAGACCAAAAAGAAUAAGUAGUGCCCCAUUUUUAAAAAUACUAUCAAAAACUAUUGUGUACAAUUGUUUUAUUCAGGGUUUCACUUGCACUAAAUCCAAUUAAACAGGCCUGAAUAUGAUCUCUUUUUAAUGAAACAUGCAGUAAGUGUUGCUGAUAACUGCAUGAUGCUCUAAAAAGCACAUUGUGACAAUGUAAAGUAACUUGUCACGAUAACAAAUGUUGUCAUAUUGCCUGUGCCUAAAAUGUACCCUCUUGAUUACCAUGCAGUCUUCCACCUUGUUCUUGAAGACUUCAAUAAGGAUGGCAUUGUAAAAUAAUGAUUGUCUUAAGUGUAAGCUCUCAACUUCCCUUUUAUUCUCAUUAUAGAGGCUCAAUACCUCCUUGAACUCUCCUUGUUGAAAAUUUUAAGUGCCAUGAUGAAAGUUUUAAUAAAUUCCCUUCCACUAUGGCCAUUCUAGAACAUGAUGCCUUUUUGCAGAUGUAGGGAAUCAUAAAAUAGUUGAACGUUGUUGAUAAAAGAUGAACAGUUUAAUCCAAAUGCCUUUCAUUGAAAGGACUGGUUGUACAGCAUCUCUCUGUUUCAGGAAAGUGUCCCCUUUCAGAGCGACUAUCAUUUGUAAAGUACAUUUACUCUACAUUUGCCAUGGGGGAGCUGGAGAUAAAGAAAUAAAUUUUCAAAUUAAAUAAAAUGCUUUUGAAUUGUGUAUUUCCAUUUACGACCGCAGUGUCUAAUUAAGAACUUUCCCCCCUGACUGAUAAUGUUUGUCAUUUCUAGUUCCCACCUAAUUGUGUAGGGACAGUUCCAGCCCUUAUGAUAAAACAUCUACAUGAUUAACUACCAUCCAAAUGUGGAAUGACAAGUUUGAUAGGUUGUGCAGACUAAGCAUCAAGAGAAUCAGUCAGUUAAGAAUGCAGCAAAAACAAUCAUUCCUUAUUUCAUCCUCAAGAACAUUUCUACUACUGUUUGAAACAUACCCUGUACCUUGCUGUCUUUAAAAUGAAGGGUUGUUCCCAUUCCAGUAGAUGGUAGAUGUCCCUAUGAUUCUCUGGGCUAUGUUUUAUCAAAACAUUUACAGUCCUUCCUAACAAAGACAGUUUGUAAUGUGCAUCAUUAUUACAUGUCUUGUCAUUUUGCCUUCAA